AUGAAAUCAAUUAAAAUUUUUUUCCUUUAACUAAAAGAAAUCAUUGAUGAAAAAUGUAAUAACCUCAUUUUUUUUAGUUAAUUCUUGAAAAAGCUAAUUUAUCACUAAUUAUUUCUAUUGAUAUAUUUCAUUGAAAAUGAAUUCAUUAAUUUACCAAAAUUUUUCAUCCAAUAACAAAAACUGAUAGGUAUAUUAUUUAAUAAUAUAGAAAAUGUUAAAGUAACUCUGCCAAAGUAAGGUUAAUUUAAAGAUGAUAGGUAUAUUAUUUAAUAAUAUAGAAAAUGUUAAAGUAACUCUGCCAAAGUAAGGUUAAUUUAAAGAUGA